AUGUCCUACAACCGCUUGGAUCACUCUGGCCAAGGCCGACAAGAAGACUACUUCAGUAUGAACAACCGCUCAAAUAAUCCAGGUCGGACGCCAUCGCCUGGUCAUCCGGCCCAACAUGGCUAUCAACUAGAAGAUGCGUCGCCUUAUGGCAGACCUGGUGCAUCGCCUGCUGGCCCGUACCAACACAAUCUCGAAAUCCCAAUGGGACCUGGACGUCAAACGCCUAGCGAUCAGCUGCUGGCUCAACCUACAUACUCCGUUGCCAACAUCGACAACUCGUAUGGCCAUAACGAAGAAUACGAGCAAAGAUACCCCCUCAAUCCAAACCACAACUACAGAGACGACUACUCCCUGAACCCCCAACAACAUCACGACGCAUAUUACCAAACCCCAUACCAGCCUUCCCCGCAUGAUGGGCAUCCUCUCACAAACUACCCCUCGCAUCCUACAAGCGAACCUUUCUAUGAGGACGAUGAUCGUAGCCCGAUCCUGCAAGCGCAUGAUACAUCAUACGGCCCAGAUCCUCACUCCGGUCCAGGCUUCAAACCGGAGUACGAUGGCGCACAUAUCCCACCAACUCCAACACCCCAGCCAACUACACUCAGGAGAUAUAAGACAGUGAAGGAAGUGCAACUGUUCAAUGGAAACCUUGUACUAGAUUGCCCUAUCCCACCGAGGCUUCUGAAUCAGGUUCCUCAUGCGCAGCCUCCGGAGCGAGAUGAGUUCACCCACAUGAGAUAUACUGCGGCAACUUGCGAUCCCGAGGAGUUCUUCGCAGAGCGGUUUACGCUGAGGCAAAAGUUGUUCGCGAAGCCCAGACAUACGGAGUUGUUUAUCGUGGUUACCAUGUAUAACGAAGACGAUGUACUGUUUGCGCGGACGAUGAGCGGGGUUUUCAAGAACAUUGAGUACAUGUGCUCGCGCAAGGACAGCAAGACCUGGGGAAGGGACGCCUGGAAGAAGAUUGUGGUCUGUGUUGUUAGCGAUGGACGUGCCAAGAUCAACCCUAGAACGAGAGCCGUGUUGGCUGGUAUGGGAGUCUAUCAGGACGGGAUUGCCAAGCAAAAAGUCAAUAAGAAGGAUGUGACGGCGCAUAUCUACGAGUACACCACGCAAGUCAGCAUUUCUGUCAAGAAGGAUGUUGUCGAACUCCGCCCCAAACAGCAGCCUGUACAGAUGCUUUUCUGUCUGAAAGAGAAGAACCAGAAAAAGAUUAACUCGCAUAGAUGGUUCUUCCAAGCAUUUGGUCGGGUUCUGGAUCCAAAUAUUUGCGUUCUUCUCGAUGCUGGUACCAAGCCUGGCAAGGACUCUAUUUACCAGCUCUGGAAAGCCUUUGAUUUGGAGCCUAUGUGCGGAGGUGCCUGUGGAGAGAUCAAGGCUAUGCUGGGCCCGGGCGGAAAGAACUUGAUGAACCCUUUGGUCGCAUGCCAAAAUUUCGAGUACAAGAUGAGCAACAUUCUGGACAAGCCGCUUGAAUCUGCAUUUGGAUUCAUCUCGGUUCUUCCUGGUGCCUUCUCAGCAUACCGUUAUGUGGCUUUACAAAACGACAAAGCAGGUGACGGACCCUUGGAGAAGUACUUUGCCGGAGAGAAGAUGCACGGUGCUAAUGCGGGUAUUUUUACCGCAAACAUGUACCUUGCCGAGGAUCGUAUUCUGUGCUUCGAGCUUGUGUCGAAGCGAAACUGCCACUGGAUUCUGCAGUACGUGAAAUCAGCAACAGGAGAGACCGAUGUUCCAGAUACGAUGGCCGAAUUUAUCCUCCAGAGACGGAGAUGGCUGAACGGAAGUUUUUUCGCUGCAGUGUACUCCCUGGUUCACUUCUACCAAUUAUUCAGAAGCGACCACAGCUUCAUGCGGAAAAUGAUGUUCCUGCUCGAGUUCACAUACACGACCAUCAGCAUGCUAUUCGCGUGGUUCCAGAUUGGCAAUUUUUACUUGGUCUUCCACAUCUUGACAAAAUCUCUUGACGACGCUACUCUUCUCGGCAAUAUUGGAAAUAUCCUCAGUGUCGUCUUUGAAUGGCUGUAUAUCUUCACACUUCUCACCUGUUUUGUUCUCGCUUUGGGUAAUCGGCCUCAAGGAUCUAAUAAGGCGUACAUGUCUAUGGUCAUCUUCUGGGUCUUCAUCAUGGCUUACUUAAUGUUUGCCUCGGUCUUCAUUACCGUGAAAUCCAUCCAAGCAGAACUGGCGGAUAACGUCUUCACCGUAGCCGACAUCUUCAAGAACCAAAUCUUCUAUACCUUGAUCGUCUCCCUCGCCUCAACUUACCUACUCUGGUUCAUCGUCUCUUUCCUAUUCUUCGACCCAUGGCACAUGUUCACCUGCUUCGUCCAAUACCUCCUGCUGACGCCAACCUAUAUCAACAUCCUCAACGUCUACGCCUUCUGCAACACGCACGAUAUUACCUGGGGUACAAAGGGUGACGACAAAGCCGAAAAGCUGCCAUCUGCAACCUUGAAGCCCGGCGGUAAGGUCGAUGUCAACAUUCCCACCGAUGACGGCGACCUCAAUGACCAGUACGACCGGGAGCUGUCUGCCUUCAGAAUCAAGGCCCCCGAGGAGAAGCGCGAGAUGUCAGCCAGCGAGGUCCAAGAGGACUACUACAAGGGUUUCCGCUCGCAGGUCGUCAUGUUCUGGCUGAUGUGCAACUUCUCGCUCGUGGCUGUCGUGCUCAGCACUGCUGGUCUCGAUCGUAUUGACACAUCUACGAGCUCGGAUAAGAGAAGCGCCAUCUACCUCGCUGUAGUGCUGUGGUCGGUGGCUGGGCUCUCGGCAUUCAAGUUUAUUGGUGCAAUGUGGUUCUUGGUCGUGCGGAUGUUUAGAGGAGUUUAA